GGGGUAUUCUUCAUCAUCACAACUUGCACUUUUGCCAAUCUUGUCGAGGCUGACCUUGGACUUGGGUUUCUUGUCCCCAAGCAAGAUUAACCUCUUACUAAGAUCUUGAUGGCCUAGGAGAUCACUUGGAACGCCUAGGGAUCUAAGUCCUUCAGAGGGGAUAAAAAGCCACUUGUUCAGCGGCCUUUGAAGGCAUAUGUCCUUCUUGGAAACAGGUGAAUCGAUUCAUCCUAGUGUGUGCAAAGAUUGACGACGUGACAGGCGAGGAAUGGCACGUAAGACAAAUUCAUUUCAUCUCACCUGUCACAGUCUCAAUAUGCAAUCUUCAAGGGGAAAUCGAGGCCAUCUCGAGGAAGGAACACGUUCUCCUAAGGCCAGAGAAGUCAACAACAAGACGAGUCCUGCUGCCGAAACGUUACUUCUCGACGAAGAAAUAGAGGUUGAAAAGUCGAUCACGAGAAGAUCGGCCCAGGAUUUGGCUCGAAGCCAGACAAAUUCAAAGUCAAACAAAUCGCCCGGAACGACAUUGUUGAAGUGUCUGGGCGGGUCCAGUUCUCAUGAAGCGUCAUUGGAACAGGAAAACGAGCAUCAUGUGAUUGCAAAGCCCAGUUUGAACUUGACAUUGCCCGCCGAGCACACGCAUCUGAUCAAGAAAGAUGGCAGAACGCGGUCAUUAAUCGAAUUGCCAAAUCGGAUCAGAUCUGGACCAAGCUCGGCCAAGGGAAGGUGUUCCAAGGGACCUCCCGAGAAGAGUGUGAGGAGGCCUUUGAAAUCCAAAUCCGAGGCCGGGAAUAUGGCUCAACACCAGUCCGACCUCAACUAUCCAAUCAUCAACAAGAAGAAGAGUUCCAACCCCAUCAAAAGUCUCAUCCAGAAGAUGACACCCAAGCCUAAUCGUAAGAAGAUGGAACCCGUCGGCCCAGACCCUCAAACCAUUACAUUUAUGACGCCUAAGGACCCUGGCGGUUCGAAAUCCAAAGCCUCCACUCCUUCGGUCUCUCAGACCAAUACUCUGACCACAGAAAACCAUAAUUACCAUCAACCUAAUGUCAGUUUAGAGCCAGACAUCCUAUCUUGGGAAACUCACAAAGACGAAGCAAAGGCCAACGAUGGUGUAGAACUGAAGUACGCUAAAAUAGUUCGGAUCUUAACAAACCAAACAAAAAUAAGUCAUCCACUCCAAGACUCAAUGACCAAUCCUGAUUCCAUUGAAGCUGGCCAAGAAUCGGUCCCAAACGAAAGUUCGACUCUGAAUACCAAUCAAGACCAACACCCCGAGGAGCCACGAAGUCCAUCUGAAUCGGAGGAUCUGAAAAGAUUUAUGAGCGAUACUCAAGGCCACCAAGACCACCACGACGAGGAGGCGGACAAAAAGAGGGGCGAGGCCAAGGAGAAGAAGGAGGAGGAGGAGAAGCCUUACUUGGAGACUGACUUGGACUUGGUAGAGCACCCAGAACCCGUUGAUGAAUGGAGAAUUUUAGCCAAGAAAUUACAAGUGGAAGCGAAAGGCUUGGCUGGAGAAGGGCUUGAGAGCCUAUCUUCAUCCGAAGAGAAUGAAGGCUUAGCCAAAAAAGUGGGUCGAUCCAUGUCUGUGAUCAUGAAGAAAAUCUCGGAACACGAGGAGAAAAUCCAGAAGUUGGAAGCUCGAGAAAGGUCGCACAGUUUCAGUGAAGAGCGAUCCUCUUCUUUACCAAUGUUCUCUACUAUCGUUCCACUCACUUUAUUGGGAGGUUUAUCAGCCAUGUAUUUCAUGGGAAGAAAGUCUUAACAACUGGAUUCAAGAACUGGAAAGAAGGCCAAACUCGUAGAAUUGAUCAGCAAAAUGUAUUUAUGACGCCAUACUAAUACAGGUAAACCGAAUUAACAUAAAAGAUAUGGCUGGAAAUUGAAUCUACGUACGGUUUUAAAAGAUGGCCGAUUUAAUUCUCUUGGAUAGCUUGACGUAUGUAAUACAAGCAUAUCUCUUAAA